GAAGCGCUAGAAUCUCGAGCGCAGCGACAUUUUCAUCUCAUUUCAUUUCCUCUUCUUCCACAGGCCCAAGUAGCACUGUCUGAUCUCAAACCCACAACAACUGCAUGCUCGGAACAACCCGGAGCCCAAACCCUCUGAAGAGAAGCAGACGCUCAUGCGCGAUAUUCGCUGGUGAUUUCACACACACACUGCAUUUCUGCCGCUUGCAUGUGAAGUUCCAGAUGCGUGAAAUAAAGCUGCUGAUCACAGCUCUGAUGGUUCUCGUCUGACACUCAGAGACUCCAGCAUCAGUCCUCAGCAUGUCUGCUCUACAGGCGUCAUGGCCGCCGGGCACCGAGUGUGUGGCCAAGUAUAACUUCCAGGGCAGCACAGAGCAAGACCUGCCCUUCUGCAAAGGAGACCUGCUGACCAUCAUCGGCGUAACCAAGGACCCAAACUGGUACAAAGCGAAGAACUCUGUUGGCCGAGAGGGAAUGAUUCCAGCAAACUACGUCCAGAAGAGAGAAGGAGUCAAAUCCGGAGGAAAGCUCAGUCUGAUGCCAUGGUUUCACGGUAAGAUCACGCGUGAGCAGGCGGAGCGGCUGCUGUAUCCGCCGGAGACGGGGCUGUUCCUGGUGCGCGAGAGCACUAAUUACCCCGGAGACUACACGCUGUGUGUGAGCUGUGACGGCAAGGUGGAGCAUUACCGCAUCAUCUAUCACGACGGGAAACUGUCCAUCGAUGAGGAGGAGUACUUCGACAACCUCAUGCAGCUGGUGGAGCAUUACACCAAAGACGCUGACGGUCUUUGCACGCGGCUCAUCAAACCCAAGCUGAUGGAGGGGACGGUGGCAGCGCAGGACGAGUUCUCCAGGAGUGGAUGGGCUAUGAACAGGAAAGAUCUCAAACUCAUUCAGACCAUCGGCAAAGGAGAGUUCGGAGACGUGAUGGUGGGAGAUUACCGAGGGACGAAGGUGGCAGUGAAGUGCAUCAAACACGACGCCACGGCUCAGGCCUUCCUCGCUGAAGCUUCAGUCAUGACUCAGCUGAGACACACUAACCUGGUGCAGUUAUUAGGGGUGAUCGUGGAGGAACGAGGCAGUUUGUUCAUCGUGACUGAAUACAUGGCCAAGGGCAGUCUGGUGGAUUACCUGCGCUCUCGGGGCCGGACUGUGUUGGGUGGCGAGUGUCUGCUCAAGUUUUCUCUUUACGUCUGUGAGGCUAUGGAGUAUCUGGAGGCCAAUAACUUCGUGCACAGAGAUCUGGCGGCUCGUAAUGUGCUCGUGUCCGAUGAUAACAUCGCCAAAGUCAGCGACUUCGGACUGACCAAGGAGGCCUCGUCCACUCAGGACACGGCCAAGCUGCCCGUCAAAUGGACCUCGCCCGAGGCGCUGCGAGAGAAGAAGUUUUCCACUAAAUCUGACGUGUGGAGUUACGGCGUUCUGCUGUGGGAGAUUUACUCUUUCGGCCGCGUGCCGUACCCCAGAAUUCCGCUGAAGGAGGUGGUGCCGCGGGUGGAGAAGGGCUAUAAGAUGGAGGCUCCUGACGGCUGUCCGGCCGCCGUCUAUGACCUGAUGAAGCAGUGCUGGACGUUGGACCCCGCAGGACGACCCUCGUUCCGUCUGCUGCGUGAGAAGCUGCAGCACAUCAGAGCCAAAGAGCUGCACCUGUGAGGAACAUCACUAACAAACCUUACUGUGCUCCACACUCUCUGCUGUGGACUGGACUGUUGAUCUGGACGCUCUCUCGUGACCCGACCCGACCCAAUGAGAGGAGGAACACACUGACGUGUGUGUGUGUGUGUGUGUGAGAGUGUGUGUGCGUGUGAGAG